CUAAGACCCAAAAAAAUCAGCAUCACUUUAUUCUGGAGAAACAGCUGAAGAGAGAUCUCUGUGAGGUUGCUCUGCAGGGUCUGUAUCUCAGAUCAAUUUGAGAUCUUCAAAAGAAAUCUGAAACAAUGAGGUUUCUAAUCUCAUUGUGUGUGCCGCUACUGUUGCUGGUUAACGGUGAAACAACCAAUGGGCAAACGUCAGUUCCUUCCACCACUAUUACUGACCCCUGCUACAACUAUAUCAAUCUCAAUGAUCCUUGGAGAGCCAUUAACGUUUCAUAUAAUCAGUAUGCAUCAUGUGAUUAUAAUGUGUAUGGCUGGUACAGGCUUUUCCUCAACGGACAGGAUGCUCACAUGCCAGAAUCAUGUGUUAGCAAUGGCAUGUGUGGAUCUUAUUAUCCAAUAUGGCUCAAUGGUCGUCACCCACAGAUCGAAGAUGGAAUGGUCAGCCGGGAAGUUUGUAGUCCCACAUGGAAUGACUGCUGUGGUUACAGCUCUUUUAACAUAAAUGUCAAAGCUUGUCCUGGAAAUUAUUAUGUUUAUGAGUUUGUCAGUCAAUCGUACUGUGGAACAUAUUGUGCAGAUGUUUUAGGUCUUAACCAUUCAUCAGCGCCUACAACAGUGCCACAACCACCACUACAAAUCAUCACAGAUCCCUGUGAUACCUACACCAUUUUGGAUGAGCCAUGGAGAGCCACCAGCCAUAGAUAUGCUGCCCAUUUAAUGUGUGACGCUUAUGUCAGCUGGUCCGGCUGGUAUCGUCUCUUCAUUCGUGGUCAGAGCGUUCAGAUGCCAGACACGUGUGUUGAUGAAUUAAGCUGUGGUACUCAUGCACCUCUGUGGCUAAACGGUCAACAUCCAAGAGUUGAGGAUGGCGUGGUCACUCGAGAAGUUUGUAAUCACUGGAACAACAACUGCUGUUAUUUCUCACCCAAUAAUAUUAGAGUGAAAGCCUGUCCAGGAAAUUAUUAUGUCUAUGAGUUUGUCAGCCCAACUUUCUGCUAUGGGACAUAUUGUGCAGAGGACAGGAACAUCACCAUUCCUACCGUCAGUCCAGCCCCAACUGUCUCUCUCAUCGCUGACCCCUGCUAUACGUAUACAUCGCUUGAUGACCCUUGGAGAGCCAGUGGACAAAAUUACUAUCAGUAUAUGUGUGAUUCCCUUGUCAACUGGUCCGGCUGGUAUCGUCUCUUUAUCAACGGUCAGAGCGCUCAGAUGCCAGAAACAUGUGUUGACAUGUUUAGCUGUGGCACUUUUGCUCCACUUUGGCUAGAUGGUCCUCAUCCAAGAGUCGAGGAUGGUGUGGUAAGCCGACACGUCUGCGGUAACUGGAACAACGAGUGCUGCCAUUUUGAAUUCUAUCCUAUGAAAGUAAAGGCAUGCCCUGGCAAUUAUUAUGUCUAUGAGUUUGUCAGUCCAACUUACUGCUAUACAGCAUAUUGUGCAGUUCUCAGGGACAGUAACUAUACACUUGGCACACCACAGAUCCCCACAACGGCACCUACAACUCCCAUUCCUGAUCCAUGCUAUAAUUAUAACACUCUUGAUGACUCCUGGAGAGACAUAACUCAAUACCAAAACCCAAGCUAUGGACAAAAUGACUACCUUGUUGACUGGAGUGGCUGGUAUCGAAUGUUUCUGAACGGACAAAGUGCUCAGAUGUCCGAGUGGUGUGUGACCUACACCUCGGGAUGUGGAGGUGAUACUGGACUUUAUCUCAGUGGUUCUCAUCCACGACUUGAAGAUGGAGAGGUGACGCUUGAAGUCUUGGGAACAUAUAUGUGGUACCCUUACAUGUGUGGCCAAUAUAGAUCCAAUCCCAUUCAAGUCAGAGCUUGUCCUGGAGAUUAUUAUGUCUAUAAACUCGUCAAACCUGAUGUGAUAAUCCCUCGGCCCGCAUACUGUGGAGUUGCUUUCAACAGCAUCAGCAAUGAUCCUUGUUACAACUAUGAAUCUCUGGACCGUCCCUGGAGAGCCUCAAAUGAAAGUGGCUUGGCAAUUUGUGAUGAGUCUUUCUCCUGGAAUGGCUGGUACAGACUUUACAACAAUGGGAUGAACAUUCGGAUGCAAGAGAACUGUGUUAAUGCAUACAGCUGUAAUACUCAAGUUAGUCUGUCGCUUAAUGGUCCUCACCCUCAGAUAGAGGAUGGAGUGGUGACACGAGAGGUCUGUGGAGAUGUAGGGAAUGGCUGUUGUAGUUACAAGUCAACUCCCAUCAGAGUCAAAGCCUGCCCAGGAGAUUAUUAUGUCUAUGAAAUUGCAAAGCCACAGAGAUUUUGCUCAGGAUAUUGUACAGAUCCAAACACAGUAUCCCCGACGGUUUCCCCAACUCCAUCAGGUGCCUUUACAGGAUCUUUGACUACAGUUAACACGGAUUACGACCCCUGCUAUAACUACAACAUUCUCGACAACUACUGGAGAAGUGCACUUAAUAUCUGGCAACUGUAUGGACAGAUAUCUGGGAAUGAUGACACAAUUGUUGAAUGGAACGGCUGGUAUCGACUCUUCCUUAAUGGAUCAAAUGCUCAGAUGCCUGAAUGGUGCGCAACUUUAAUGUCAUGCGGAGGUUUCAGUUCUCUGUGGCUUGGCGAUCCUCAUCCUCUGCUAGAAGAUGGAGUUGUUAGUCGUGAAGUCUACGGUACUCAAAAUGACCAGUGUGGUUACUACAGAUCCAACCCGAUCCAAGUCAAAGCUUGUCCUGAAAAUUAUUAUGUCUACAAGUUUGUAAAGCCAAGGCAGUCAAUCCCAUUGCCUGUUUACUGUGCAGUUCCUUCCAACACUGAGAAUUAUGACCCAUGCUAUCAGUAUACCAUUCUGAAUGACCCUUGGAGAGCGACCAGCUUUUCUGAUGUCAAUGGAAAUUGUGAUUAUAGUGUGAACUGGAAUGGCUGGUACAGGCUUUCCGUCAAUGGACAGGACGCUCACAUGCCAGAGUCAUGUGUUAGCAGUGGCAUGUGUGGAUCUAAUAACCCCUUGUGGCUCAAUGGUCCUCACCCACAGCUGGAAGAUGGAGUGGUCAGGCGGGAAGUCUGUGGUCCCACAUGGAAUGAUUGCUGUGGAUACAAAUCUGUUCCCAUACAAGUCAAAGCUUGUCCAGGAAAUUAUUAUGUUUAUGAGUUUGUCAAGCCCCUGUAUUGUGCAAGUUAUUGUGCAGAUGACCCAAGCUUUCACAGGACAUCUACAACAACGUUGCCAACAGUUCCCAUUACUGUUCCUUCCUCAGACCCCUGCAACAACUACAAUGUGUUGGAUGAGCCAUGGAGAGCCACCAGCAAUUACGUCAACUAUUUUGACAUGGCCAAUGUAAGGUGUGAUGCUUAUGUCAGCUGGUCCGGCUGGUAUCGUCUCUUCAUUAAUGGUCAGAGCGUUCGGAUGCCAGACAAGUGUAUUGAAAUCCUAAGCUGUGGUACUCAUGCACCUCUGUGGCUGAAUGGUCAACAUCCAAGAGUUGAGGAUGGCGUGGUGACUCGAGAAGUCUGUAAUCAUUGGAACAACGACUGCUGUUAUUUCUCAACCAACACUAUUAGAGUGAAAGCCUGCCCAGGAAAUUAUUAUGUCUAUGAGUUUGUCAGCCCAACUUUCUGCUAUGGGGCAUAUUGUGCAGAUGAUAGCACCAUUGAGACAACUGUCAUCCCACCCACCAUCUCAACAGUGACAUAUAGUGACCCAUGCUUUAAUUACAAUAUGCUUGAUGACCAUUGGAGAGACAUACACCAAACACAAUCCAAUAACUUGGGAAAUGAUGACCGGCUGGUUGAGUGGAAUGGCUGGUAUCGACUGUAUCUGAACGGACAAAGUGCUCAGAUGUCUGAGGUGUGUACAACUUACACAGGAUGUGGAGGUGAUACUGGACUUUAUCUCAGUGAUUCUCAUCCACGAAUCGAGGAUGGAGAGGUGACGCUUGAAGCCUUGGGAACUUUUAUCUGGUACUUUUACAUGUGCGGCGCCUACAGAACACAUCCCAUUCAAGUCAAAGCUUGCCCUGGAGAUUAUUAUGUCUAUAAAUUUGUCAAACCUGAUAUGUCAAUCCCUCGGCCCUCAUACUGUGCAGUUGCGUUCAACAGCAUAGACAAUGAUCCUUGUUACAACUACGAACCUCUGGAUCGUCCCUGGAGAGCCUCGAAUGAAGCAGGAUUGUACAUUUGUGAUGGGACUUUCUCCUGGAGUGGCUGGUACAGACUUUACCACAAUGGAAUGAACAUCAGAAUGGCAGAGAACUGUGUUAAUUCUGGGGGCUGUAACACACAGUACAGUCUGUGGCUCAAUGGCCCUCACCCUCACAUUGAGGAUGGAGUGGUGACCCGAGAGGUCUGUGGGAGCUCAUGGGGAGAGUGCUGCUUACAUACGUUUAUUCCCAUCAGAGUCAAAGCCUGCCCAGGAGAUUACUAUGUCUAUGAAUUGCCACAGCCACAUCAAGACUACUGUACAGGAUAUUGCACAGAUAUCAACACUAUAUCUGACGUAGUUUCCCCUACAACUCCAACUUCAAUUAAUGGAUCCAUCACAACAUUGAAUUACGAUCCGUGCCAUAACUACAACGUUCUUGACGACUAUUGGAGAAGUGCACUUAUGUAUUCAAAUGGAAAUGCAUCUGGACACGAUGACACACGUGUUGAAUGGGACGGCUGGUAUCGACUCUUUCUUGAUGGAUCCGAUGCUAAGUUACCUGAGUGGUGUGCAGGAUACAUGUCAUGUGGAGGUUUCAGUUCUCUGUGGCUUGGUGGUCCUCACCCUCAGCUAGAAGAUGGAGUUGUUACCCGUGAAGUUUUUGGCAGUCGGUAUGAACAGUGUGGUUACUACAGAUCCAACCCGAUCCAAGUCAAAGCUUGUCCUGAAAAUUAUUAUGUCUACAAACUCAUAAAGCCAAAUCUAUCAAUACCUGUCCCUUCAUAUUGUGCAGUUUCUAUCUCGAAUCCGAGCAUUGACCCCUGCUACAACUACACAGGUCUGGAUGAGCCUUGGAGAGCCACCAACAAUCCUUAUUAUAAUAAUUACUUUGGUGUAAUGUGUGAUUAUAAUGUGAACUGGAAUGGAUGGUACAGACUUUUCAUCAAUGGCCAGAAUACUCAGAUGCCAGAGUCAUGUGUAAAUUAUGGCAUGUGUGGCACUUAUUACCCACUUUGGCUCAAUGGUGCUCACCCUCAGGUGGAAGAUGGAGUGGUCACCCGACAAGUGUGUGGUUCCUCACCAUAUGACUGCUGUGCUUACAACUCUUAUCCCAUACAGGUCAAAGCGUGUCCAGGAAAUUACUAUGUUUAUCAGUUUGUCAGUCCGCUGAGUUGCUCAGCAUAUUGUGCAGAAGCAACAACAACAACAACAGCAGCACCAACAACAACAACAACAACUGUGAGAGAUCCCUGCUUUGAACUUAACUGUACUGAGGAUGAGUGGUGUGGAGAACAGAAUGGUGUUUACGGCUGUUUCUGUAACGAAGAUCGCCCCACAUCUGACCCUGGCAAUUUCGAUGUCUAUGAGACGUGUGAAAGCAGCUCUGGGUUCGUGUCUUUGUCUCGCUGUCAGCUCUUUGAAGCUGGUUUUACUUCUGAUCUCUUACACUUGAAUGAUCCCAACUGUAAAGGAACUGUCCAGAAUGGCAGAGUGGAGUUCAGUUUUGAUAACAAUGAUCACAUCUGUGGUACAAGUCUUGUGGCCAAUGGUACUCACUUCAUCUAUGAGAAUUUUAUCACGGGACAGCCAGGCCCAUCUGAAGGUGUCAUCAGCAGAGAGAGAGGUCUUAAGCUGUCUUUCAGCUGUAUCUACCACCAAACGCAAACAGUCUCAAUGGACAUCAACCCUCUGGAGAGCCGAAUACACAGAACAUUUCAAGGUGAAGGGACGUAUCAGGUCAGGAUGGUUCCUUAUCUGGACACUGAAUUCUCAGUUCCCUUCAAUGGAAGUGUGGGUAUGCUGGUGAAUGAGGAGGUUUUUGUUGAAGUUGGUGUUUAUGGAGUUGACAGGGAUCAGUUUGCCUCUGUGAUUGAUGGAUGUUGGGCUACACCUGUGAACGAUCCUCUGUCAUCUCUCCGCUGGGAUCUCAUCACUGAAGAGUGUCCCAAUCCACAUGACAACACAGUGAAGGUUCUGCAGAACGGCGUCUCUACAUCCAGCCGUUUCUCCUUCAGGAUGUUCGUCUUUACUGCAGACUCCAAUAAGGUUUACCUGCACUGUAAAGUUCACCUUUGCCUCCGGACCAACAAUGACUGCUCAGCUCACUGUUACCCUGGACAUCACAUGAGAGAGCAAAGAUCUGUUGACUUCCAUGACACGUCUUCUAUAUCUAUGGGUCCACUGGUCUGGUCUGAAGGGAACUCGGAUAUUGUGGCCCCAGAACUGAGAAGAUCUCAGGCCUCAGGUCUGUGCGGCUCAAUGAUGUUACUGCUUCUUUUGUUUCUGAAUGCCUUCAUCCUAUUCUAGAAGAAUCUGACAGAUUUAGAAAAUGUGUGUACACAUUUGAUUAUGCUCAUAUUUUGUCUGUUGUCUUUUUAAUGAUUUUCAAAGAGACCUUAAUGAUAAUGUUAAUGGGUGAUAACUGGAUACUGUAUGAUUGCAGUAGGAUUGCAUUUGAUUAUUAUUGAUGAUUAUUGUGUUUAAAUUUCUUUUCAAAGUCAGUGUAAAAAUAAAGUUUCCUGGUAUUAUGUAUACUUGCAAUGUCAUCUUUAAUUUUUUUGGGGUGAAGGAGCAGGACUGAUCUGCAAUAGUUAAUACUUACAUUAAUAGUUACUGUACCAAUGAUGACAAUAUUAUUUGAUCAAUAAAUACUAUACGCACUUUAUA